CCCAGCUCCGCCCCGAACUCUGGUGGACCGAGCCCUCCUCCUGGCCAAGCGACCCCAUCCUCAGCCCCAAGCGCUUCGCCAUAUUUCUUGGCGACCUCCCGUAUGAGCCCGCCAGCCACAGGUCUCCCAAGCUCAUUGCACGCAGCGAAGAGCAACCCGCCGACCCCAGCAAGCAACCUAGCCAAGUCCUUCAGCGCCAGCUCCGAGAUGCGCAGUGGGGGGAGCCGACAGAGACCGCGAAGUACCACCGGCUUCGCAGGCUCUGCGAGAAGAAGAGAUCGGGCAAACUACUUGUCCCCGAGCAGGUAGCGGCUGAUUACAAGGCUGGAGGUGACGCGCGCCAGAAGCUCAUGGAUCAGUUUGGGGAGUGUGGAUGGUCCAAGGACCGGUUCAUAGCUGUUGUGAACCGCCAGCACAAGAAGACGCGUGAGAAUGAGAACAAGCAACGCUAUGCUUGGCACACGGAGAAGACAAUGGCUACGGAGCUCAA